AUGGCUCCGACAGCGGCAACGAGCCAACCGAUCGUGGUCUCAGGCCCGUCCGGCAGUGGGAAGUCCACUCUGUUGAAACGACUCUUCGACGCCUAUCCCGGCAAGUUCGGCCUUUCGGUCUCGCACACGACGCGCGCGCCGCGACAGGGAGAGCAGGAUGGGCGCGAAUACAACUUCACCACGAAAGAGAAGUUCUUGAAACUUGUGCACGAGGGGGGAUUCAUUGAACACGCCCAAUUCGGAAGCAACCUCUACGGCACCAGCGUGCAGACGGUGAAGGAUGUGGCGGAGGAGGGACGGAUCUGCGUGUUGGACAUCGAGAUGGAGGGCGUGAAAUCGGUCAAGAAGACAGAUCUCAACCCUCGAUUCGUCUUUCUUCAACCCCCGUCCGUGGAGAUUCUGGAACAGCGGUUACGAGGACGAGGCACAGACAAGGAGGAAGCAAUCCAGGAGCGGCUGAAGCAAGCGAAGCAUGAGAUUGAAUACGCCAAGCAGCCCGGUGCGCACGACAAGAUUAUCGUGAAUGAUGAUCUCGAGACGGCGUGGCGGGAGUUCCGCGAGUUUUGCGUGCCGAAUGAAGGCUGA